UUGGUGGAGUGGACCAAGAGAGGUCAGAGGUUCCCAGUGUUCAGUCUGCCCAGCAGCAUCAAACACACCUGGACUCCAUCUUUAUGCUGCUGGAGGACGACAUUGUCACUUUUGUGAAGAACGAGCUGAAGAAGAUCCAAAAGGUUCUGAGUCCAGAUUACCCAGAAUGCUUAGAGAGUCAGAAAAAACAUGAUGAGGUGUUGGACGGUGAGGAUGAAGAGCAGAGGAGGAGCAGCAGAGAGGGAUUUCUGAAGAUCACACUGCACUUCCUAAGGAGAAUAAGGCAGGAGGAGCUGGCUGACCGUCUGCAGAGCAGAAGUUAUUGUGGAGUUUGUAAGCAUAAACUCAAAUGUAACCAUCAGAAGACAUUCCAGUGUGUGUUUGAGGGAAUUGCUAAAACAGGAAACCCCACCCUUCUGAAUCAGAUGUUCACAGAGAUCUACCUCGUGGAGGGAGGGGCUGCAGAGGUCAAUGAUAAACAUGAGGUCAGACAGAUUGAAACAGCAUACAGGAAACCAGACAGACCAGAAACAACAAUCAAACAAGAAGACAUCUUUAAAACCCCACCUGGAAGAGAUGAAACAAUUCGAACAGUGAUGACAAAGGGGGUGGCUGGCAUCGGGAAAACAGUCUUAACACAGAAGUUCACUCUGGACUGGGCUGAAGACAAAGCCAACCAGGAUAUCCAGUUCACAUUCACAUUCACCUUCAGAGAGCUGAAUGUACUGAAAGACAGUAAGUUUAGCUUGGUGGAACUUGUUGAUUACUUCUUUAGUGAAACCAAAGAAGCAGGAAUCUGCCGAUUUGAAGAGGUCUUGUUCAUCUUUGACGGUUUGGAUGAGUGGCGAUUUCCUCUGGACUUCCUCAACACUGAGAUCCUGACUGAUGUUACAGAGGCCACUUCAGUGGAUGUGCUGCUGACAAACCUCAUCAGGGGGAAACUGCUUCCCUCUGCUCGCAUCUGGAUAACCACACGACCUGCAGCAGCCAGUCAGAUCCCUCCUGGGUGUGUUGACAUGCUGACAGAGAUCAGAGGGUUCACUGACACCCAGAAGAAGGAGUAUUUCAGGAAUAGGUUCAAAGAUGAGGAGCAGGUCAGCAGAAUCAUCUCCCACAUCAAGAGAUCACGAAGCCUCCACAUCAUGUGCCAAAUCCCAGUCUUCUGCUGGAUCACUGCUACAGUUCUCGAGGACGUGUUGAAGACCAGAGAAGGAGGAGAACUGCCCAAGACCCUGACUGAGAUGUACAUCCACUUCCAGGUGGUUCUGUCCAAAGGGAAGAACAUCAAGUAUUAUGGAGGAGCUGAGACAGAUCCACACUGGAGUCCAGAGAACAGGAAGAUGAUGGAGUCUCUGGGAAAACUGGCUUUUGAGCAGUUGCAGAAAGGCAACCUGAUCUUCUAUGAAUCAGACCUGAGAGAGUGUGGCAUCGAUAUCAGAGCAGCCUCAGUGGUCUCAGGAGUGUUCACACGGAUCUUUAAAGAGGAGAGAGGACUGUACCAGGACAAGGUGUUCUGCUUUGUCCAUCUGAGUGUUCAGGAGUUUCUGGCUGCUCUUCAUGCCCAUCUGACAUUCACCUACUCUGGAGUCAACCUGCUGGCAGACAAACAAACAAGAUCAAGCCAGUGGUUUCUAUUUAGAAACAAACCCAAACCAACAAGUUUCUACCAGAGUGCUGUGGACAAGGCCUUACAGAGUUCAAAUGGACACCUGGACUUGUUCCUCCGCUUCCUCCUGGGUCUUUCACUGCAGACCAAUCAGAGUCUCUUACGAGGUCUGGUGACACAAACAGGGUGUAACUCAGAGAUUAAUCAGAAAACAGUGGAGUACAUCCAGAAGAAGAUCCGUAAGAAUCUGUCUGCAGAGAGAAGCAUCAAUCUGUUCCAUUGUCUGAAUGAACUGAAUGAUCGUUCUCUAGUGGAGCAGAUCCAACAGUCCCUGAGUUCAGGAAGUCUCUUCACAGAUAAACUGUCUCCUGCUCAGUGGUCAGCUCUGGUUUUUAUCUUACUGUCAUCAGAAGAUGAUCUGGACGUGUUUGACCUGGAGAAAUACUCUGCUUCAGAGGAGGCUCUUCUGAGGCUGCUGCCAGUGGUCAAAGCCUCCAACAAAGCUCUACUGAGUGGCUGUAACCUGUCAAACAGAAGCUGUGAAACUAUGUCCUCAGUUCUCAGCUCCCAGUCCACUAGCCUGAGAGAACUGGACCUGAGUAGAAACUACCUGCAGGAUUCAGGGGUGGAGCUGGUGUCUCAUGGACUAUACAAUCCAAAUUGUGCACUGGAAACUCUCAGGUUAACUGGCUGUGAGCUGUCAGAGAGAAGCUGUAAGGCUCUGUCCUCAGUUCUCAGAUCCCAGUCCUCUAGUCUGAGAGAGCUGGACCUUAGUAACAACAACCUGCUAGAUUCAGGAGUGAAGCUGGUGUCUCCUGGCACACUGUACACUGGAAACUCCCAGGUUAGUGUACUACUGAGUGGCUGUAAUCUGUCAGAUAGAAGCUGUGAAGCUCUAUCCUCAGUUCUCAGCACCCAGUCCUCUAGUCUGAGAGAGCUGGACCUGAGUAACAACAACCUGCAGGAUUCAGGAGUUGAGCUGAUGUCAGCUGGACUGAAGAGUCCAUACUGCCGACUGGAAACUCUCUGUCUGUCAGGAUGUCUGGUCUCAGAGGAAGGCUGUAAUUCUCUGGUGUCAGCUCUGAGCUCCAACCCCUCCCAUCUGAGAGUGCUGGACUUGAGCUACAAUCAUCCAGGAGACUCAGGAGUGAAGCUGCUGUCAGCUGGACUUAAGGAUCCACACUGGAAACUGGACACGCUCCGCGUAACGGACCAUGGUGGACCACAGAGACUGAAACCUGGUGUGAGGAAAUAUGUCUGUGAACUGGAACUGGACACAAACACAGUACACAGAAAAGUCAAACUGUCUGACAACAACAGGAAGGUGACAUGUGUGGUAGAGGAUCAGUCAUAUCCUGAUCAUCCAGACAGGUUUGACUCCUGGUCUCAGCUGCUGUGUAGAGAUGGUCUGACUGGUCGCUGUUACUGGGAGGUCAAGAGGAGAGGAGUGGUUCAUAUAUCAGUGAGUUACAGAGGAAUCAGAAGGAAAGGAAGUAGUAAAGACUGUGUGUUUGGAGGAAAUGAUCAGUCCUGGAGUCUGGUCCGCUCUGAUCGUGGUUACUCUGUCUGGCACAAUGACAAAAGAGCAGACCUCACGUCCUCUUCUGUCUAUAACAGAGUAGCAGUGUAUGUGGACUGUCCCGCUGGCUCUCUGUCCUUCUACACUGUCUCCUCUGACUCACUGAUCCACCUCCACACCUUCUACACCACAGUCACUCAGCCUCUAUAUCCUGGGUUUACAGUCUGGCCUGGUUCCUCAGUGUCUCUGUUUCCUCUGCAAGACUAAGAGUCUCUCCUGUGGACAGAAACUCUGUCUGAAGAUCAGCUGCUGAAAUCAAAGUUCAGUCUGUUCACCAUCACACACUCCAGACCAAACAUGAAGAAUUUGUGCCUAUAAAUCACAUGUCAAUUUAACCCUUGGAGUCCAUCUAUCUCUACGCUCCUUUUCAUACCGAAUCCCAAACUUUCACUUGUUUAGUCAUCCACAACUGGUUGGUUUUAUGCAGAUAUAAAAACAAGCCAACCGGUAAAAUUACUUUUGUUUAAUGCAAUCAAUAGAUUUCAGAUCUCAGACGUCCAUCUCUGUUAGUACUGUCACACAACAAUAUGGGUAUGGAUCCAAUAGAUCUUAUCUUGUAUGUUUCUAUGUGAAGCACAUUAUGAUUCUACCUGUGAAAUGUGAUCUUUAACUGAAGUUAUACAGAAUUAAUCAGAAA